GCUCCGGAGCCUCUCAUUUCCCCUCCAUGCAAAGCGGGGCGGCAGCAGGGCUGGAGAGACCUCCGUGGAGCACAGUCGCCAGUCCGGCUCCGAGACCCACCUGGCCCAAGAACGCCUCGCACCACAGCCGCCGCCAGGAUUGCCAGAUAUUCCUGAGAAAUAUACCUGCUAUUUAUGGCAUGUGGCUUGUAACUUUACUCCUGCUGUACUCUCUCCAAGAAGUACACAGUGAGGAUGUGGGCUCUACCAGACUGUACUUUGUGAAUGCCUCCCUGCAAAGGGUAACCUACUUCAGCUCGGUGGGGGUGUCCCUGCCCUGUCCAGCAGGGGGCACCCCCGGUGCCAUACUACGCUGGUACCUGGCCACUGGCGACGACAUCUACGACGUGCCCCACAUCCGCCACGUGUAUGCCAACGGCACCCUGCAGCUGUACCCGUUCUCGCCCUCCGCCUACAACAGCUACAUCCAUGACAACGACUACUUCUGCACGGCCGAGAACCAGGCGGGAAAGAUCCGCAGCCCCAGCAUCCGCAUUAAAGCUGUUUUCAGGGAGCCCUACACGGUGCGGGUGGCGGACCAGCGCUCGAUGCGGGGUAACGUAGCGGUGUUCAAGUGCCUCAUCCCUGCUGCUGUACAGGAGUAUGUCAGCGUUGUGUCCUGGGAGAGAGACACCGUUUCCAUCGUCCCAGGCAACAGGUUCUCUCUGACCUCCUUCGGCGCGCUUUACAUUUCGGAUGUACAGAAGGAGGAUGCCCUCUCCACGUACCGCUGCAUCACCAAACACAAGUACAGUGGCGAAACGCGCCAAAGCAACGGAGCCCGACUCUCCGUAAUGGACCCCAACGAGUCCUCGCCUACCAUCCUGGACAGUUUCCAAGCUGGCGAGGUGUACGCAGGGCAGAGCGUGGAGCUCCCCUGCAUAGCAGGAGGCUACCCCAGCCCCACGGUUCGAUGGCUAAAAGACGGCCGCCCGCUGCCCUCCGACGCUCGCUGGACACGGCGUUUGACUGGGCUGACCAUCAGCGAUCUGAGGCAAGAGGACAGCGGCAGCUAUGCAUGUGAAGUCACCAACAGCUUCGGCUCCAAGGAGGUGUCCGGACAGCUUCACAUUAUAGACCCGCUGCGAGUGACCUUGUCGCCCAAAAAUCUUAAGACAGGCAUCAGCAGCACGUUGUUCUUCACCUGUACUGUUGAGGGUUCGCCCGAAUACACCAUCACCUGGUACAGGAACACAGAGCCUAUCGUCCCAGACCAGCACAUCUCCAUCCAGGGACAACACAAUGACACGCUGCAGAUCACUGCGGCACAGAAGUUCCACUCUGGAGCAUACCAGUGCUUCGCUUCCCGCAAGGGCCACACCGCUCAGGACUUUUCCAUUAUACUGCUAGAGGAUGGUACUCCUCGUAUUGUGUCUUCCUUCAGUGAGCGGGUGGUGAACCCCGGGGAGCUCUUCUCCCUCAUGUGCUCAGCCAAAGGAGCUCCGCCUCCCUCCAUCACCUGGACGUUGGACGACGAGCCUGUGGUUCGGGACUCCACCUACAAAACCAGCCAGUUCACCUUGUCGGACGGACUGACCAUAUCCCACGUCAACGUCAGCAGCCCCCUGAUUCGGGACGGAGGAGUCUAUCGUUGCGUCGCACGCAACUCGGCCGGUAGCGCCGAGUACCAAGCGCGCAUAAACGUAAGAGGUCCACCUCGAAUCAGGCCCAUGAGGGACAUCACUGCCGUGGCGGGCAGAAACACCUACAUCACCUGUCGUGUCAUAGGCUACCCUUAUUACUCCAUCAAGUGGUCGAAAGAUGGCAUGCAGCUCCCUGAUAACCACCGGCAAGUGGUGUUCGAGAACGGCACCCUGCGGCUGACGGACGUGCAGAAAGGAGCCGAUGAGGGCACCUACCUGUGCAGCGUUCUGAUCCAACCCCAGGUGUCAAUAAACCAGACGGUCCAUGUCACUGUCAAAGUGCCACCGCUCAUCCAGCCCUUCGACAUCCCCUCUACCUCAGUGGGCAAGCUCAUGUACAUUGCUUGUGUGGUGUCGUCCGGGGACAUGCCCAUCCGCAUCACCUGGCACAAAGACGGCCAGCUCAUCAUCCCGGGCUCAGCCUCGGGCGUCGCAAUAGAGACCAAAGAGUUCAUGAGCUCCCUGCAAAUUUCCAAGGUGACACUGAAGCACAACGGAAACUACACCUGCAUCGCCAGUAACGCCGCCGCCACCGUCAGCUGGGAGAGACAGCUGAUUGUCACUGUGCCGCCACGGUUCACGGUGCAGCCAAACAACCAAGACUGCAUUUAUGGCAAAGCUGGAGUACUUAACUGCUCGGUGGAGGGGUACCCGCCUCCCAAAGUCAUGUGGAAGCACGCCAAAGGCAUUGGGAACCCUCAGCAGUACCACCCAGUCCCCCUCACUGGCCGUAUCCAGAUCAUGUCCAACGGCUCCCUGCUCAUCCGCCACGUGCUCGAGGACGACCGAGGCUACUACCUUUGCCAGGCCUCCAACGGCGUGGGCUCAGACAUCAGCAAAAGCAUGAUCCUCACUGUCAAAAUUCCUGCCAUGAUCACCAGCCACCCCAACACCACCAUGGCCAGGAAGGGCCAGACCAAGGAGUUGAACUGCACAGCUCGCGGCGAGCAGCCCAUCAUCAUCCGCUGGGAGAGGGGGGACACCGUCAUCGACGCUGAGAGGAACCCUCGCUACUCGAUCACCAUCAACAAGAAGGGGGACGAAGUCAUCUCCACCCUCAAGCUUAAUCCAGCAGAAAGAGGAGAUUCUGUUUUCUUCUCUUGUCAUGCCAUCAACUCCUAUGGAGAAGGCAGAGGCCUCAUCCAGCUCACUGUGCAAGAACCACCGGACCCGCCGGAGCUCGAGGUCAAAGAGGUGAAGGACCGAAGCAUGAACCUGCGUUGGAUCCAAAGAUUUGAUGGCAACAGCAUCAUCACCAGCUACGACAUCGAGUACAAGAACAAGUCAGAUUCAUGGGACCACAUGUACACGACGAGAAACAUCUCUCCCACCAACAACCAAGCCAACAUCGUGGAGUUGCACCCAGCCUGUGUCUACAGCAUCCGCAUGUAUUCCUACAACAAGAUUGGCCGAAGUCUUCCCAGCAAAGAGCUCACCAUCAGCACAGAGGAAGCACCCCCCGAUGGUCCACCGAUGGACGUCAUCCUUCAGCCAAUGACAUCGCAGAGCAUCCGUGUCACAUGGAGGGCCCCGAAGAAGGAGCUGCAGAACGGGGUGAUCCGUGGUUACCAGAUUGGCUACAGAGAGAACGGACCGGGCAGCAACGGCCAGUACAGCAUCGUGGAGAUGAAAGCCACGGGAGACAGCGAGGUGUACACAUUGGACAACCUGAAGAAGUAUGCUCAGUAUGGGGUGGUGGUCCAGGCCUUCAACCGGGCUGGGACCGGCCCGUCCAGCACUGAGAUCAACGCCACCACGCUGGAGGAUGUGCCCAGCGAGCCCCCUCAGAACGUGCGGGCCAUCUCGGUGACGUCGGACGAGGCGGUGAUCACCUGGGCAGAGCCUCCACGGCUGACGCUGCACGGUGUGCUGAAAGGCUACCGGGUUGUGUUCUGGUCCCUCUUCCCUGACGGAGGUGGGUGCUGUGGGGGCUGGGCCCAAUGGCCGAUGCAGAAGUGGGGAGAGAUGCAGAACAUCACCACCACACGUGAGCAGGUGGAGCUCCGAGGCCUGGAGAAGUUCACCAACUACAGCGUCCAGGUCCUGGCCUACACGCAGGCCGGCGAUGGCGUCCGCAGCAACGUUCUCUACAUCCAGACCCGCGAAGACCUUCCCGGUCCUCCCGCUGGGAUCAAGGCCGUCCCCUCGUCUCCGAACAGUGUGGUCGUGUCCUGGUUGCCGCCUCAUAAACCCAACGGCGUCAUUCGCAAGUACACCAUCUACUGCUCCAGUCCCGGGUCCGGGCAGCCGGCGCCCAGCGAGUACGAAGCCAACCCUGAGAUGCUCUUCUACCGCAUCACCCACCUGAGCCGUGGAAAGCAGUACCACAUCUGGGCGGCGGCCGUGACCACCGCCGGCCGAGGAAACAUCAGCUCGAAGGUCACCGUGGAGCCUGCUGGGAAAGUCCCUGCUAAGAUCCUGUCGUUCGGCGGCACAGUGACCACGCCCUGGAUGAAGGAAGUCCGUCUUCCCUGUAGCUCAGUGGGAGAACCGGCCCCCACAAUCAAAUGGACCAAAGACAGCGAGGACUCUGCCAACCCGGUGACCGCCGACACUCAGAGGCAGAUCCUGUCCAACGGCACGCUGGUGCUGCGCUCGGUCAAGGCGGAGGAUUCUGGGUACUACACCUGCACGGCCACCAACACUCUGGGCUUCGACACCAUCAUCGUGAAUCUGGUGGUGCAAGUUCCCCCGGACCAGCCGCGCCUCACCGUCUCCACCACGUCCACCUCCUCCAUCACCCUCAACUGGAUCCCCGGGGACAACGGUGGAAGCUCCAUCAGAGGAUUUGUGCUUCAGUACUCGGUGGACAACACCGAGGAGUGGAGGGACGUGUUCAUCAGCUCCAGCGAACACUCCUUCAGGCUGGACAAUCUCCGCUGCGGGACCUGGUACAAGGUGAAACUGGCGGCCAAGAACAGCGUGGGCUCGGGCCGCAUCAGCGAGAUCAUCGAGGCCAAGACUCACGGCAGAGAGCCCGUCUUCAACAAGGACCAGCCGCUGCUCACGCACAUCAACUCCACCCACGCCGGCCUCAACCUGCAGGGCUGGACCAGCGGCGGCUGCCCCAUCACCGACCUGAUGCUGGACUUCCGGCCCAAAGGCACCUGGGCCUGGCAGAGCCUGAAGGCCAACUCCACCUCGCAGCUGUUCCUCAGCGAGCUGCGGGAGGCCACCUGGUACGAGCUGAAGAUGAAGGCCUGCAACAGCGCCGGCUGCGGAAACCAGAGCUCCCAGUUCGCCACCACCGACUACGACGGCAGCACCAUACCUCCCAUCAAAUCAGCGCGAGGAGAAGGAGACGACGUGAAGAAGCUCUUCUCCAUCGGCUCGCCCGUCAUCCUGGUCACGCUGGGCGUCGCGCUGCUCUUCAUCAUCCGCAAGAAACGGAAGGAGAAGAGGCUCAAACGCCUCCGAGAUGCCAAGAGCCUCGCCGAGAUGCUCAUCAGCAAGAACAAUCGCAGUAUUGAGACGCCAGUCAAGGGGCCCCCCCAGGGGCCACGGCUCCAUAUCGACAUCCCCCGUGUCCAGCUGCUGAUCGAGGACAAGGAGGGAAUCAAACAGAUCGGGGAGGACAAGGCGGCGGUGCCGGUGACCGAGUCGGAGUUCAGCCAGUCGGUGAAUCCUCAGAACUUCUGCUCGGGCGUCUCGCUCCACCAUCAAGCUCUCAUCCAGAAUUCGGGGCCUUUAAUCGACAUGUCCGACAUCCGUCCCGGCACAAACCCGGUCUCCAGGAAGAGCAUCAAGUCGGCUCACAGCUCCAGGAACCGAUACUCCAGCCAGUGGACGCUGAGCCGGCCCAGCCAGAGCCAGUCCACGGCCUCGGCGCGGACGCUGACCUCCGACUGGAGGACCAUGGGCUCUCACGGCAUCACCGCCACCGAGAGCGACAGCUACAGCGCCAGCCUCUCUCAAGACACAGACAAGGGUCGUAACAGCAUGGUGUCGACGGAGAGCGCCUCCUCCACCUACGAGGAGCUGGCUCGCGCCUACGAGCACGCCAAGCUGGAGGAGCACCUGCAGCACGCCAAGUUCACCAUCACCGAGUGCUUCAUCUCAGACAGCUCCUCCGACCAGAUGACCACCGGCACCAACGACCCGGCCGACAGCAUGACCUCGCUCAGCACGCCGUCCGAGCCGGGCAUCUGCCGCUUCACCGCCUCGCCGCCCAAACCGCAGGACUACGACCGCGGCAAGAACGUGGCCGUGCCCAUCCCCCACCGCGCCAAAAGUGAGUUCUGCAACCUCCCCCUUUACAUGAAGUCGGACCCCUUUUUCCGCAAGCAGGCGGCGGAUCUGCAUGACCCGUGUCCCGCCGUGCCGCCGCGGGAAGCCUCCAUCCGCAGCCUGACCCAGCGGGCCUACCACACCCAGGGCCGACACAAGACUCUAGACUCUGGCAAGCAGCAGGCGCUGACGCUGGGCCACUCGGGACUGGGCAGCCUGGGCUCCAGCUCGGGCACCGCCACGCUGCCCCAGAGGACUCUCACCAUGCCCAGCUCCAACACGGCCGCCACCGCCUCCACCUCCAGCACCAGCAGCAACGCCGCCAACAGCAAGGGCGGCUCCAGAGACUCGCUGCUGGAGAGCAGCUCCUCGGCCCUGGGGAGGCUGCAGAAGCAGAGCGCGGGCGCCUACUCCAAGUCCUACACGCUGGUGUAGCGGCUCCCGUCCCCAUCAGAACUACUAACUCCCACUAACAGUCCCAGCCGGCUGGUGCUCCGCUGCAGCGGCGUCGCGGAGGAAGACUCGGCGCCGCCGUCCCGCCUCACGCUCCCAACCGCCCCGUUUGUCUGCCACCUGAGUUCCUCGAUCUUUCUGUGUCUCCGCCCCACGCGUCCCUUUCCUCCGCCGUCCUGUCGAUGGCGUCUCCAAAAACGAUACGAUUCAGGUUCCAGUGCAAAAGACCCGUCUCUUCAGCGCCUAUGAACAGGAGAAGCCGCUCAGAAUAUAGUGCAUAUUUGGUAUUAUAAAGAAUUUACAUAUAUAUAUUUUCUAUGUAGGUAUAUUGACAUUCUAGUGACAAAGUAUAAAGAGUAUGUACUGCCAUAGUCUAGUGGUAUAUACAGCAAUUUAUUGUCAAAUUCAACAACCAGACAAUCGCUUAAUCAUGAAAUUUAACAUUUUAAAAGAGGCCAGACUCAAGGAAGGAAGUGUCGGUGUAUAAAAGAUUGUGUUAUUGUGAGUCGACCCGCGGCCUGGCUGGGCGCGUGCCUGCCGUCGCCUGGGCGGGUGGACAGGAGACACCCUCCAGGCUGCAACUCCACGAACCUCUCGCUCGGCCCGCCUCCACUUCUGUCCCACCGGAUCCCCGUCCCUGCGUUCACGCCCCUGGAACGGUGUUUGUGCUCUUUUCUUUCAGUUGUCCAUUCGUCUCGAGCGGGCGAGGGAGGGUUGCUCCGCCACUUGCUGUUUCCAAAUUUAGGCUCCAACCAGUUCAGCCGAAAUCAGGGACGCGUAGCUCUUUUGGUGGUUCAGCCGUUGUACAUACUGAACUGGGAGGUUCCCACGCCCGAGCCCGAGCUGUUUAUACGACUUGUACAUAAACACAGUUUUGUAUGAAAAGCUAUUUUCGUCAGAAUUAUUCAGGGGACACAUCAGGGUCGAACGCCCCGCUUCCAGAAUUGAAAUGGUUUCAAAAGUUCAACAGGAAAAAAAGAAGGACGCCUCCGACCGAAACGGGCACGAAAACAAGUUUACUUUCCCUUUAUGUUUUUGAUACUGAUCUGUUGAAUUUGUAUUCUUUUUUAAGGGUCUUUGAUGUUGUUUUCCUUUUUUUUCAUUUUUUUUUAAAAUUCUCAUUAUUUUGUAUUUCCGUUCAUCCUCCAAAAAGUCAUUGCAUGCUUGCUAAACUGGCAAAACCGAAGGAAAAAAAUGUAGGAAAAUGAAAAACUAUUUAACAAAAAAAAAAGAAGACGAAGAGGGAUUUGGUUUGAGUUGCUUGUUAACGGCAAUUGCUUGUGUUCAAAA